AUGGAUUCGGAGGAAUUUCGGACUAUCUUAUCGAGAUCCAGAUUUGGGAUUUGGGAGCUGAUCGAGGCCGCGAUUAAAGUUGCCUCCUCGGACUACGGCGAUGAGCUGCAGCGCCGCCGUGACAAAUUCGUCGAGGCGCUCUACGCGCCGCCGGCGCAGCUCUGCCGGAACUGCAACGGCAGCCUGUACCAGGACGGCGGUGUCGACGAGCCGUAUUAUCCGCAGGCUGUUAGUAACAAUUACAAUAACAGCGAUAACGUUGAUAAUGGCAACUACGAUGAUGAAUAUAAUGAUGACGGUAAAAAGUUUGAUGACGACGAUAAAGGCAACGUGAAUUCGAAUGAUGAUUUUGGCAAGAGCCCAUUGACGCCGGAGUCCAACCACCGGGAGAUUAACGGCGGGGAAGAGGAAGAGGAUUUCGAUCCGUACGGUGGGUUGUUUGAUGAUGAGCAGACCAAAAUCCUCAGCAUCAAAGAGCAGCUUGAAGAUCCACUCCAGAGUGAAGAUGAUGUGGUCCAGUUGCUUCAGAACCUGGAAGAUAUGGAUAUCACAUUUCAAGCGCUGAAGGAAACUGACAUAGGAAGACAUGUGAACCGAUUGAGGAAACAUCCAUCGAAUGAGGUUCGGGUAUUGGUGAAGCAACUUGUCAGAAAAUGGAAGGAAACUGUGGAUGAAUGGGUUAGGGUGAACCAACCAAAAGGGACUGCAAACCUAAAUAAUGCUGAUGGGGAUUCACCUCAGCAGAGCAUUCCCAAAAAUCAACAAAAUGGCCAUCACCAGGUCCCUGAUUUUGGGUACUCCCCAAAUCCACAGAAUGGGAGUUCCUCUGUUGAAAAGAAUAAUGGAGGGCGUGAAAUGAAGCAGAAGUCUGUACCAAAAUCUAUACCCCGAAGAGAAACUUCAUCAAGACCACCUUCACAAUCACUUUCGAAAUCUUCGGCUCCUCCCAAUAGAUCAAUCCCAGUCAUGGAUGAUGAGAGGUUAAAUUCAGCAAGAAGGCGGCUUCAGGAGAAUUAUCAAGAAGCCGAGAAUGCCAAAAAGCAGAGGACGAUUCAAGUGAUGGAUAUUCAUGAGAUUCCCAGACCAAAGACAAAGAAUGCAUUUUUUGCCAAGAACAAAGGCGGGUUUCAGGGAAAGCACCAUAGGUGA